AUGUCCUCCGCUCUCCGAUCGUCGAAGCGGCUUUUGAGGCCUGGGUAUUCCUGGAGAACGGUGGCCGCGAGAGGAAUCUCAUCCACAACCCGCGACCUCAAAGCCCAUAACUUCAAUAUGCCAGCGCUGUCGCCCACCAUGAUGGAAGGUACCAUUACCUCUUGGAGGAUCAAUGAAGGCGACAAAUUCGCAGCAGGGGAUGUCAUCCUCGAAGUCGAAACCGAUAAGGCGCAAAUGGACGUCGAAGCCCAAGACGACGGUAUCCUCGCAAAGAUAUUUGUCAAAGCGAGCAAAGACGCCGUCCAAGUCGGCACCCGUAUCGGUGUUCUAGCAGAUAUAGAAGACGACAUCUCCACCCUCGAAAUCCCUCCAGAAUCCCCUUCAAUCAUUCCACAAGAAUCCUCAUCACCACCACCUCCAUCCCCUCCAAAACAAGAACCAACCCCUUCUUCUUCCUCCUCCUCUUCUUCUUCUCAAGACCAAUCCCAACCCCAAGAAUCCACCCCUACACCCCAUAAACCCCGCAAGAACCCCUUCAUCCCAACACCCGGUCUAGUCCACCUCCUACACACCAACGGCCUCCAAAUGUCCGACAUAAACGGCACAGGUCCCCAAGGAAGAGUUCUAAAAGGCGACAUCCUAGCCCACCUCGGCAAGAUCGAUAAGAACAAACCAAAAUCCCUCGCCAGCGAUAUCUCCAAACUCUCAAAACUAGACCUCUCAAACGUCACCCCGAAGAAACAAUCCUCCCCACCAUCAAAGAAACAAGAAGAUCAACAACAACAAAAGCAAAUCAAAAAACCAAACCCGUUGGAAGAAAUAGAAGUCUCGAUCCCAAUCUCCCUUGCGAAGUUAAAUACCACACAAAUUCCGGUAGAAACAACAAUCGCAAAAGCAGUAGAACUGGCAAACUCUGGACUUCCGCCGUCGAAGAUACCGGCUACACCUGGCGAGUUGUUUGAUGAGAUAUUGGGUUUACCGUCGAUAAGGAGGGAACCGAAGUAUUCUGUUAAAACAUCGGAAUUUAAACCGGUUCCUCAGACACCUGUUGUGGCGGAUUUGUUCGAUGAAAUCAUCGGGAUUUCGAAACCAAGGAGUGUUUCUUCUUCUCCUUCGUGUUCUUCUGGGUUACAGGAGUUUAAAGUGAAGGUUCCGGCGAUUGAUAGGGAUCGGGCUGAGUUCUUUUUGGCGAAGGUUAAGUUUUCGUUGGAGCAGGAUGAGAAGGUACUAUAA